UCCUCCUCCUCCUCCUCCUCCUUUUUUCUUCCCCUUUGCUCGCACCUCCCCUUUGACGUGAUUUGUCUAAUUUCGGUCGGACAUUUUCCUCGUCCAAUUCCCCUCUCCUUCUCUCCCUCCCUUUAUCUCUCUCUCUCUCUCUCUCUCUCUCUCUUCUCUCGCUCUCUCUCAAAACGCAAUUGAGGGUUUUAAAGGGGAAAGGGGAAGCGAAUCUUUAUUCAUUGGUUUGUGAAAAUUGCUUCUAUCUUGAAUUGGGUUCUUAAUUGGGUUUGAUAAGGAGCGAACAAAUGUCAGAACCAGCAACUGAAAAUGCAGCUGAUGAUAGUUGGGUUCCAAGGAAUGAUAUGGUGUUUGAGAGUGAUGAGAAAGCUUACCAGUUCUACUGCCUCUAUGCAAAGGAAAUGGGUUUUGGUGUUCGUAAGCAUUUUGUUAAACGAAGGUCUUCGGGUCUCGUAUACUCCCGAGUUUUCUGCUGUUAUAAAGAAGGGUUUUGUAGGAGUUUAAAAGAAGGGAAGAAGCCGAGGCCAGAUUCAAGAACAGGUUGCAAGGCUCAUAUCACUGUUAGAAUUAUGGAUGAUGGUAGGUUUCGUGUAACCGAAUUUGAUCCUAAUCAUAACCAUGAACUUAUAGCAAAAGCCAAUGAAACCGAGACAGAACCAAUAGAUAAGCCAGCAUCAGUGAAAAAAGCUGCUAAGAAAAAUGUAAAUUAUAGAUCCAUCUCCAGAAGCUAUAUACCAUCAAAACCUACCAAUUUUACUGAUGAUAGGGUGCCUAGAGUUGAUAUGGAGUUUGAGAAUGAUGAAGAGGCUUAUAAUUUCUAUUUCAACUACGCUAUCAAUAUAGGAUUCAGCGUUCGUAAGCAUUUGAUAAAGAGAAGGGCCUCAGGAUUGAUAUAUUCAAGGACUUAUUGUUGUCAUAAAGAGGGUCACACUAGAAAGAGAGAUGAACAAGUGCAAGAGAGGAAUCCGAAGCCUUAUGAUAGAUCCGGUUGUCUUGCAUCAAUGACCAUUAAAAUUACGAAGAGUGGUAGAUAUCGUGUGAUAGUGUUUGAGCCAAAGCAUAAUCAUGCACUUGUGGUUCCUACAAAAGCUCAUUUGUUCAAGUGGCAGUGGCGAAGGGGCUUAAUUAAGUCACCGAAUGAUCAAAGGUUGAGCUCAGAACAAGCAGAGACUCAAGUUCCCACUUCUAUUACCUCACACAAUAAGAAUGCUAUGAUGGUGGGUGAUGUAGGAGCUAUUCUUCAAUAUAUGCAAGAGAAACAGGCUGAAGACCCAUUUUUCUAUUAUGCAUUGCGACUUGAACAGGAUGAUCAAUUAAUGAGCGUUUUCUGGACUGAUGGAAAAUCCAAGGUGGACUUUGAUUAUUUUGACGAUGUUAUAUGCUUUGAUACAUCCUAUAAAACAAGUGACUAUAGGAGGCCUUUUGCUCUAUUUAUCGGUGUGAAUCAUCAUAAGCAAGCAAUUAUUUUUGGUCAAGCAUUGACAUAUGAUGAAACCGUAGAAUCUUUCAAGUGGUUGUUUGAGGCUUUCAAGAGCUCAAUGUGUGGAAAGCAGCCAAAAUUGAUACUCACAGAAAAAUCAGAGGCUAUUAGUAAUGCAAUAGCUGAAGUGUGGCCAGGUACAAUUCAUCGGUUUUGUGUGUGGCAACUUUAUAAUAAUGCUGUGAAGCACCUUAAUUUUGUGUUUGAAGGCUCAACAACUUUUGCAAAAGACUUCAGUAGAUGUAUUUAUGAAAUUGAGGAGGAAGAGCAAUUUGUAUCAGAGUGGAAAUCUUUGUUAGAAAAGUAUGAUCUCAAUAGUAAUACUUUGUUGGCUAACCUUUAUGAAGAUAGGGAAAAAUGGUCUUUGGCAUACGAACGACAUGCAUUUUAUGGGGAUGUGAAAUCUGUGCUAGUUAAGGAUAAUAUGAAUGAUGCGCUGAAGAAAUACUUGGAUUCAGAAAAUCUAUUAGAGUUUUUUAAGCAUUAUGAAAAUAUUGUCAAAGAGCAACUAUAUGCAGAAUUACAAGCUGAUUUUAACGCACGCCAGGGUUUAGUGAAGACUCAUGCUUCAAGAAUGCUGAGACAAGCUUCAAAUGUAUACACACCGGCAGUGCUCAAAGUAUUUCAAGCAGAAUUUGAUAUGUCUAUAGACUAUAUGGUAUACAAUUGUGGUCAAAUAGGCACUGUAUUUGAAUAUAAAGUUACAGCUGAGGAUCACCCUAAUGAAUUCAUUGUCACAUUUGACUCAUCAAAUGGUUCGAUCUUCUGCAGUUGCAAGAAGUUUGAGGUUGCUGGAAUCCAGUGUCGCCAUGUACUUAAAGUUCUUGACAUUAUAAAUAUUAAAGAGCUCCCACCAAAAUAUAUCUUAAAGAGAUGGACGAAGGACGCAAAGGCUACAAACCAAGGAGAAGUCACAGACAGUGCAGUUAAUUCUGAUAGUAAAUCAUCUAAAUCAAAAAGAUACAGAACUUUGUGCUCCUUGCUUAAUAAAGUUGCAGAAAAGGCUUCAGGAACUGUGGAGUCUUAUAAUUUCGUUGAAAAUUUAUCUGAUCAGCUUAUGGAUCAAGUAUGCAAAUUAUUAUUGCAGAGCGCACGACCUGAAAAACCUUAUAGAUAAUCCUGAUGCUGAUGCAAUUGAAGUGCAGAAAUGUCCUGUUUUUUAUUCAUGUCACCAAGCAUUUCAGGAUGGCAUGCAGUUGAAUUAGAUCGCUGUUUCAUGCUACCAAAUAUCCAUCUACAAUUCAAGAUGAGGGGGGGAAAAGGUCAAAAAAAAGGGAAAACGCAAAGUUCACUAAUGCAUAGCAUACUAUUUUCCGGAAAAUAUAUGAUCAAUGUGAAUGGCAUGGAAUUGAGAUGUGUGUAUUUCAGCAACACAGAAACCAUCACUCUGGAGAGGAACUCGAAGGUCCUGUUUACUCUUGAACAUCACAGAGAUGGAUAUAUAUAUAUAUAUAUGGAUAGCCUUUUCAUAUUGGCUUUGGAAGAUAUCAGCCUCCGACGAAGUAGUCUCUAUGGCCAGUGUUAUUAUAUCGCACCACGAUAAGAUGUUAACAGCCAGCUGAGUUCUUAUGAGAUCAUGGAUACUGCUACUGCCUACUAUCAGACUACACUGGAUUCAGAUGCUGCAGAUCUUUCAAAAUCUAUAAUCAAGGGUAUAUUUAACAAUUUUCAACUGCAAGCGGGAGCAAAUGAGGCAUAUAAAAGGUUUUCAAGUGAGUUUCAGACUAUUUGCAACCUGUUGAAGCUACACAUUCCAGAAUUUGUAAAUCACCAUCCAUGGCAUUCACAGAGGUCCGCAAAAUUUUGGAGGAGUCUGUUAACUUUUUGUUUUACUUCGUUCCAUAUGAUUACCUAUAUGGAAGCCUCUUUGAAUGAUUUCUUUUGGUAUAAUUUCUGUGAGUCAAAUCCAUGACCUGGUGUUUAAACCUCAAAUUCUCUUGCUCAUAGCAACGUUUUUACUAUUGUGCCAUAGUAUAAUCCUGUUUUAAUUUAAUUCCUGAGGUAUAAAUUUGGUAAUAAGCCCAUUCUAAAAUGGAGUCUAGAUUUUGGAAAAAUCAAU